CUCUACCCAAAACCUUAUCCCUAGGAAGCAGAGCAGUCGAAGAAAUUCAAGCUUUAGCCAUGGCUGCUUCCGCUUCAUCUCUUGCCCUCUCCUCCUUCAACCCUAAAUCCAUUCCUUUCUGUGUCUUCAAAUCCGCUUCGAUCUCGCUCUUACCUCUCUCCGUCUCUUUCAAACUUCCAUCCGAGCCCCUUUCGGUCUCUCUCCUCGCUUCCUCCGCCGUGAAAUGCCUCGCUUCCGGGGAGUUUCCGUCUCGGUUCGUGAGAAAUGUCGCCGUUUCGUCGGACUUCGAGGUGGAGGAAGACGGCGUGUUUGGUGACGACGCCGAGGAGGAGCCUGGAUUCUCUCCUGAUCUGAAGCUCUUCGUGGGAAAUCUUCCCUUUACCGUUGACAGUUCUCAGCUCGCUGAGUUGUUCGAGAGCGCCGGAAAUGUUCAGAUGGUUGAGGUAAUUUACGACAAAAUUACCGGAAGAAGCAGAGGCUUUGGAUUUGUGACAAUGUCAACUGUUGAGGAAGUUGAAUCAGCAGCUCAACAGUUCAAUGGCUAUGAAUAUGAAGGCAGACCCUUGCGAGUGAACUCGGGCCCUCCUCCGCCGAGGAGGGAAGAAUCCUUCUCCAGAGGACCGAGGUCGAGAUCCAGCUUUCAGGGCUCGGAUUCUGGGCCGAGAUCCAGCUUUCCGGGCUCGGGUUCUGGUUCUUCAAACCGGGUUUACGUGGGAAACCUCUCAUGGGCAGUAGAUGACAUGGCUCUAGAGAGCUUGUUCAAUGAGCAAGGGAAGGUGGUCGAGGCUAGGGUUAUCUAUGACAGGGACAGUGGUAGAUCGAAGGGUUUCGGGUUUGUGACUUACAACUCUCCUCAAGAGGUCAACAACGCAAUCAGAUCUUUGAAUGGCGCUGAUCUUGACGGCAGGCAAAUACGAGUCUCGGUGGCAGAGUCUAGGCCACCAAGGCGCCAGUUUUGAGCAUCCAUUGUCGAUCUGCCUGUUCUCGAACACUGAAGAUUCUGAAAGGGUAUUACCACUAUUAACCUCGACCCGUUUCCUGCAUUCUGCUAAUUUCAUCGAAUUCUCGACAUAGACAGGACGUUGACAUGGAGAUUGGUCGGGAUGAUGGUGACGCUCGAAGCAAUGCUCUUGCGGAUUCAUGAAGGCAGUCAGAGGAGUGGUCGGUCUUUCUUUGAGAAGUUUCAAGAUUUUAGGGGUUUUAAGCUUAUUAUUGUCUCUGGUUAAAGCUUUUGCUAUUGACCCGCCUUCCCAUUUGGUUGGGCUUUGUGAUUUGAUUGGCUUGUCCGGUUAAGUUUCACGUGAUUUCGAGUAUAAUAUGAUGUGAACUCUCCCAAGUCGUGGUUGCUGCAACUCCAACUCCAAGAUGAAUUUUUUCUC